AGUUCUCUAGUGCAGUCCUCCAGGCUCCGACUCUGGUGGUGGUGGGUGCAGGCCUGGUUGGUCUCCAAAGUGACUGAAAAAUGCAGGACAGUGGCCCGCUGGUGCCUUUACAUUAUCUCGGCUUUGGCUAUGCAGCCCUGGUUGCUACUGGUGGGAUUAUUGGCUAUAAUAGUGUGCCGUACCUGGCUGCUGGACUCUUCUUUGGGAGCCUAGCAGGCCUUGGUGCUUACCAGCUGUCUCAGGAUCCCAGGAACGUGUGGGUUUUCCUAGCUACAUUUGGGACCUUGGCUGACAUCAUGGGGAUGAGAAUAUACAACUCUGGGAAAUUUAUGCCUGCCGGUUUAAUUGUGGGUGCCAGUUUGCUGAUGGUUGCCAAGCUUGGAAUUAGUGUGCUGAAUUCUCCCCAUCCAUAGUAGCCACACCCCUGCUUGGGCUAAUGAAGAAUUGAAACUCUCCAAAUGUCCACAUUUAUAAUGUUUGAAGGAAAAAGUGCAGCAUAUUUACAUAUUCUGACAUUUUACAAAGAUACCCUGAGGUGGAAGAUGAGAUUUCACCGGGUGGCAGGUGUUGAACCUGAGACCAGCUGCUACCUUCAUGCAGUUUCAUUCUUGUGUGAUGACAUCCCACCUUUCUGUACUAG